AUGGUUCUAUGUUUUCUUGCAGGUUUAGUUACUGGAUGUGCAGCUAAAUGUCUCUUUAGUACUAGACUUUACAAUAAAACUAAUCAAUAUUAUAAUACAUCUGAAGAAAUAAAAAAAUAUAAUGAUGCUAAAUCUAAACUUGAUGAAUUGUACAAAGAUUUUAUUAAACUUGCCAAUGAUAAUGAAAAUUUAAAACAACAAUUAACAAAAGAACAUGAACAAUAUUUAAAUGAAGCUAAAGCUUAUGCAAUUACCAAAAAUUCAUUAAUUGAAGCUAAUAACAAACUUAAUGAAAAAACUCAAGAAGCAAGAAAAAAUAAAAAUAACUAUGAAAAAACAUUUAAAGAUCUUCAAACUGAAAUCUUAAAUAACUACAAAAAUGAAUUAAUUUUACAAACAAAAGAAAAUGAAAUCAAAAAAAUAACAACUCAAGCAAGAAAAGAUUAUGAAGAUGCUAAAAAUGAAAUUAAAAAAACAAUCGAAGAAAAUGAUAAAUUUAAAAAAAAAUAUGAAAAAACAUUUGAAAAACUCUUACAAGAAAUAUUAAACAACUAUAUAAACAAGUUAACUAUUAAAAACAAUAAUGAACAAAUUAAUGAACUAAAAGUUAAAUCUAAAGAAACAAAUGAUAAAUUAAAUGAAAUGACUAAAAGAAAAAAUGAAUAUGCUAGAAAAUAUCAAGAAAUGAUAAAAAAGCUUAAUGAUAUAAAUAUAGAACAUCAAAAAACUAAAAAAAAAUUAAAAUCUGAAAAACUUCAUCAUGAAGAAACAAAAAACCUUUACAAAACUGAAAAAGAAAGAGAAGCACAUGAAAAAACCAAAAAAAUUGCUCAAGAAGAAAAAGAAAAUCUAUUGAAACAAAUAAAUGAAUUAAUCGAAAAAAAUAAAAAACUGGAAACUCAAUUUAAAGAUGAAGAAAAAAAGAACAAUGAAUUAGAAAAAAUCAUUAAAACCCUUGAAGAUAAAAAUAAUAAAAAAAUUGGUGAGUUAAAUGAUUUAUUAAAGAAAAAAAAUGAUGAAAUAAAAACACUAAAAAAUGAUCAAAAGAUAUUAAAAAUAAAAUAUGAUCAAGCACGUAAAAAUACUAACAAAAUAAAAAAUGAUUUAAAAGAUUUACAAGAUUUAAUUGAAGAAAGUAAAUCUUUAAAAACUGAUCAUGAUAAACUUUUAACUAACUAUAAUUCUUUAAAAAAAGAAAAAGAAAAAAUCGAUAAAGAAAAUAAACUUUUAAAAGUUCAAAAUUCUGAUAAUGAAAAAAAAUAA